GCAGAAUGGAGAGCAUGAACCUGCCGGGGACACACAACUGAGACUCUUCUGGGACUGAAGUCACUCCAACAGAUUUCCAGCUUGUUUGAUGGUGAAGAGAGGAGGAACCAUGGGACCUGGAAUGUGGAGCCUAUUUAUCCUGUUUGCUCUGUCUCUCUGGAGUAACAGUCAAGCUUUCACCAAGAACCCAAUCCUCUCCCGGAUACGCAGGGCUCCGGAGGCCAGCGGGGAAACCAAGAAGUGCUCCUACACCUUUCUGGUCCCGGAGCAGAAGAUCACAGGCCCCAUCUGCGCCGCCCGCGGCUACUCAACGGACAAGGACCGAGUGACGCGCCUGGACGUGGCCUCGGUGCGCGACCUCCUGUCAAAGCAGCGCCGGGAGAUGGAGACCCUGAAGCUGGUGGUGGACGUGGACGGCAACCUGGUGAACGAGAUGAAGCUGCUGAGGAAAGAGAGCAGAAACAUGAAUUCCCGAGUGACGCAGCUGUACAUGCAGCUGCUGCACGAGAUCAUCAGGAAACGAGACAACUCGCUGGAGCUGGCCCAGCUGGAGACGCGCAUCCUCAACGCCACCACCGAGUCCCUGCGCCUGGCCUCCAGAUACAGAGAGCUGGAGGCCAGGUACUCGGCGCUGGCUGCGGUGGUGAACAACCAGUCGGUGCUGAUCGGGGCGCUGGAGGAGCGCUGCAUGCAGGCGUACAGCCGCAGGGAGGAGCAUCCACCCAUGGGGCCUCCGCUCGUGCAGGUGGUCCCCGAGAACAUCCCGGUCAGCGUGCCGCGCCUCACCAACGAGAUCCAGACGGAGCACGGCCGGGGGUUUGCCAGAGAGCGGGGUUCUCGAUCAGGACCGUCGCCCACGGGCGAGACCCUGGAAGUCCAGAAACCACCUGAGAGAAACUUCAGCGCCGAAGGCCCUUUCAGAGACUGUCUGGAGGCCCAGGAGGCCGGACACAGCACCAGCGGCAUGUACCUGAUCAAACCGGAUGAAGCGGAGAGGCCCAUUCAGGCCUGGUGCGAACAGAAUAUGGACAACGGAGGCUGGACCGUGAUCCAGAGCCGGAGAGACGGCUCGGUGAACUUCUUCAGGAACUGGGACAGCUACAAGAGCGGCUUCGGAAACAUCGACGGGGAGUACUGGCUCGGCCUGGAAGGCAUCUACAGGCUGGGGAGGCAGGGGGACUACAAGCUGCAGGUGGAGCUGGAGGACUGGAUGGGCAAGAAGGUGUACGCUCAGUACAACAGCUUCCACCUGGAGCCCGAGAGCGAGGGCUACCGCCUGCGGCUGGGCAUCUACCAGGGCAACGCCGGGGACUCGCUCACCAGCCACAAUGGCAAACAGUUCACCACGCUGGAUCGAGACAAGGACGCCUUCUCAGGUAACUGCGCUCAUUUCCACAAAGGAGGCUGGUGGUACAACGCCUGCGGCCAAGCCAACCUGAACGGCGUCUGGUACACCGGGGGUGUUUAUCGCAGCAAAUUCCAGGACGGCAUCUUCUGGGCCGACUACGGUGGAGGGUUCUACUCCAUGAAGGCCGUCCGCAUGAUGAUCAGGCCGAUAGACUGAGGAGAACCUCGAAUCGAACAGCAGAGGCCAGCUCAAAGUCAAAGCUCACUCUUAUUCCUUGUUUCUUGAUGGAAGAACCUCAACAGUGAAGAUUUCCAGCCAACAGUGUGACUUGAACUGCCUCCGGUAUCAAACAUUGUGUGGACACUGUUCUUUCUUUAUAUCUCAGUAGAAGCACACAGGGGGAUUUGGAGGAUAUGAUUAUUUAUAGAGGGCUACGCGGCUCCUUUACACACCCAGUAAGCUUUGUGUUGACGGAGAAUUGGAAAUCGCUGCCAACACGAUGCAAGUGAGUGAUUCAGAAAGAGAAGAUUCAGUUUCCCUCACUGUAACUGAAGGUCAUGUGUCAGAGGAGCCACGUUCUACAAUUUAAUAACCAACCUUCAGCGUCACAAGAUCCAAUUACCGCUUUUUCUACCUCGCCAAGAUAAAUGUCUGGUGGAAACUUUCACAUGUUAUAUUUAACUUGCUAUAUUUGCUGGGAUCUGGAAAAUAUAAGUUGUUAGUACCUGUAUAGAAUUAUUUAGGCUCUGUAUCCAAAGGCCAGCACAGUAACGAGGUUGGAGUUGGCGCAUUUUAUUGCGCAGAAAAGCAGAAAUGAUUUUAAUUUAUAUUCCUACACUUAAAAUGACCUCUAAUCCAUCUGGCAAAAUACUCCCACCAAGUGCUGAUGACCAGAAAGGAUAAUUUAUGUCUAUAAUUAAGUUAUCAUAACAGAGAAAAGGACCAGGUGUCCCUGGGGGACAGUAAACGAUCCUACAGAAAAGGGCUAAUUUCCUCCUCGGUAUACGUGGAUGACAGUCGUUCUCAGCGUCUGCUCACACAUAUGGAAAUUGCUGUUCUCUGUUCUUCUCAUUUGGCUGUUCAUUACAUUUCAGUAUGACUCCAGGAAAUACAAGAAUCCCAGCUAACAAAAGCUGGGAUUACCGUGCUGUUUAGAGCGGUUUUCGAGAACAAAAAAUAUGCCGACCAAGCAUGUUGGGACUUUUAGACAAAGAGAAGCACAUUUCUGAAAGCCAGACAGGAUGGAGAGAGGAGGAGCGGGGAGGGAGAAAACUGGGUGGAAGUGGUCCAAAUUUCCAAGUUAUUCUUUCCACGUUGCCCCCACCACCCCAAUCUUCCUUUAAAAUACACACAGAAGUACAUUCUUUCCACACAAACGUGCCUGAACUGUAUGUUUUCAUAAAAAUGUCUCUCAUUGACAAAGCCCGGGUUUCUUCCGUCCUGUGAUCUUCAGCAUGGCUGGAAAACAGCAUCAUUUAGGAGAAAUGAAAGGAGAUGGGGGACGGGAGAUGAACCCGUGGGCGUGCUUUGAACAACAUCAACACGGCGUCAGGAUCACACAAGAAAGACGAGCAGCCUUCAGUCCGUGGCCCCAGAACACAACCGUUUGUUUUCUUUCUUUCAUUUUCUCGUUGACCACAGCGGUCCCUACACCCAUGUCUUUAUGAGACUUGUAAAGCAAAA